GAACAAAAGAGGAGGAGGAACUUCAUUCACAGAGCAACAACAAUGGGAAAUAGCUUAAGGUGCUGUUUGGCUUGCGUUCUUCCGUGUGGAGCUCUCGAUUUGAUCCGUAUAGUCCACCUGAACGGCUGCGUGGAGGAAAUCACGCGUCCAAUCACGGCAGGGGAAGUUCUCAAGGCCAAUCCAAACCACGUUUUGAGCAAGCCCAGUUCCCAAGGCGUGGUUCGCCGGAUUCUGAUCCUCUCGCCGGAGACUGAGCUAAAGAGAGGAAGCAUCUAUUUCUUGAUCCCCGCGGCGUCGCUGCCGCCGGAGAAGAGAAGGCACGUCAAGCAUGUGAGUGGCCGCACAAGUCAUAUUGAUAAUGAAAAGAACGAGGUUAACAACAAAGUGUGUUCCAAGAAGAGUAACAACGAUUUGUCGUCUUCACAACAAUGUGAUGACCAAGGCUCAGUAAUUUCUAAGGAGAAGAAAUGCUCGCGGCGGGAUCGCCGGAACGGGCGUGGUGGAUUGUGGCGGCCGCGGUUGGAGAGUAUCUCGGAAGAUUAGGUUUUUCUCUUUUUUGUUUGGUUUUUCCGGCGGCCGGUACCGGAAUCUUGAGUGGGACCGAAGAUGGUUCAAUACUUGAAUUGUUAAAAUGUAACAUGACCUUUUUUUCUAAAUGUACGAGUAUAUAUCUAAAUUUGUGGAUAUAGAAGAGUUACUUUCUGCAGUGCUA